UUCCACUGGCAUUCAAUCAAUGCAGACGUGAAUAGUAGAGCUCGAAGGAAACAGAUCUGGUGCCAAGUGUUAAGUGUCUCAAUUUGUACAUAGGAAACGAUCGACAAGCCAGUUGGAGUGCACUGAUCGAUCACACGCACACAAAUACACACACGAUUCAAGAAGAAAUCAAUAUAAAAAUAAAUAAAAAACUGACUAUGGCUGAAAGUGAAUGUGGAAAUGUUUGUGAUGCUCAGUCAUGUUGCAGCCGGGAGCGAGAAGUCGUCGCCAGCAGUGCAGCCGUAAAAGUAUUUCCCAAUAAGAUCUACAAAUCGGAGCAGCCCAAGGGAGACCAUGUGACGGGCAUGACCUGCGAAUGUGGAGUGUUUGGUGCCAUUGCCUGCGGCGAAUAUCCUACACAGCUGGACAUUGCACAGAUGAUCUGCCUGGGCCUGGUGGCGCUGCAGCAUCGCGGCCAGGAGUCGGCGGGCAUUGUCACCAGCAUGGGCAAGAGCUCCAAGAACUUCAACGUGCACAAGGGCAUGGGCAUGAUCAACAACAUCUUCAAUGACGAGGCCAUACGCAAGCUGAAGGGCAACUUGGGCAUCGGGCACACCCGCUACUCCACUGCCGCUGCCUCCGAGGUGGUCAACUGCCAGCCCUUCGUGGUGCACACGGCACACGGCGCCCUGGCCAUUGCCCACAAUGGGGAGCUGGUCAACUGCGAGUCGCUGCGCCGCGAGGUGCUCGAGCGGGGCGUGGGCCUCUCGACGCACAGCGACAGCGAGCUGAUCGCCCAGUCGCUGUGCUGUGCGCCGGAGGAUGUGUCCGAGCACGAUGGGCCCAAUUGGCCGGCGCGCAUACGCCACUUCAUGACGCUGGCGCCGCUCUCCUACUCCCUGGUGGUCAUGCACAAGGAGAAGAUAUACGCCGUGCGAGACUCGUAUGGCAAUCGGCCGCUCUGCCUGGGCAAGAUCGUGGCCUUCGAUGCGGGCCACGCCAACAUUGAGGAUCAGCUGGCCGAGGGCUGGGUGGUCAGUAGCGAGAGCUGCGGCUUCCUCUCCAUCGGCGCUCGCUACGUGCGCGAGGUGGAGCCGGGCGAGAUCAUCGAGCUGUCGCGCAAUGGCUAUCGCACCGUGGACAUUGUGGAGCGGCCGGACUACAAGCGCAUGGCCUUCUGCAUCUUCGAGUACGUCUACUUCGCGCGCAGCGACUCCAUGUUCGAGGGCCAGAUGGUCUACUCGGCGCGGCUGCAGUGCGGCCGGCAGCUGGCGCGCGAAUCGCCGCUGGACGCGGAUCUGGUCAGCUCGGUGCCGGAGUCGGGCACGGCGGCGGCGCACGGCUACGCCCGUGAGUCGGGCCUACCCUUUGGCGAGGUGCUCUGCAAGAAUCGGUAUGUGGGACGCACCUUCAUUCAGCCCUCGAAUCGCCUGCGCCAGCUGGGCGUGGCCAAGAAGUUCGGCGCCCUCGCCCAAAACGUGGAGGGCAAGCGCAUCGUCCUGAUCGACGACUCCAUUGUGCGCGGCAACACGAUUGGCCCCAUCAUCAAGCUGCUGCGCGACGCCGGCGCCAUCGAGGUGCACAUUCGCAUCGCCAGCCCCCCGCUGCAGUACCCCUGCUACAUGGGCAUCAACAUACCCACGCGCGAGGAGCUCAUUGCCAACAAGCUGAACGCCACGCAGCUGGCGAACCACGUGGGCGCCGACAGCCUGGCCUACCUCAGCGUCGAAGGCCUGAUCAAGGCGGUGCAGAUGAACAAGUCGCACGUGAAUCCCCUCAAGUCGGGCUACUGCACGGCCUGCCUCACGGGCGAGUAUCCCGGCGGCCUGCCCGAGGAGCUCAGCUGGUAGCGCGCCACCUGGCCCUGCCCUAGUUAUUUAGCCUUAGCUUAGCGCCUAGCUCAUCAUCAACUCAACGCAAUGCUCAUCACGACGGCAGCUCUACGAGCACCGUUCACACAGUUACAAUUUCUUAUGCCUAGGUUAAAGCAUUGAUGUAAUCCAAUCUAUCGCUUGUAACAAAUUUAAAUUAUCUCAUUAAGCUAGAAAUGUUGC